AAGUGGGUGUUUUCCUCUAAACUUGGGCCAUGAUUUCAAGGGCUCUGGAGCCCUCGGUCCGCUGCUAACCCGGGGUCUGGCCUGUCUUCAGCGUUCCUGGGACAUAACAUGCGUCCCCAAAGGCCGGAGUGGUUUAUACCUCUGGGACUUCUGCUGCCUCAUUUGCUCCUGGCAAACAUUCAAGAUGCUUCAGAUGAAAUGACUGUCAUCUCUGGCAGCAACGUGACUCUGAAAAUCUCCAAUGUGACUCAUAACUACAAACAAUUAGCCUGGUUUUACAACGACAACCAAAAGAUUGUAGAACAGGAGGAGUCCAAAGACCCUAAAUACUUCAAGUCUCAGUUUAAAGACAGGGUCUGUCUUGGUGUUGACCACACACUCUUCAUCUAUAAUGUCCAGAAAGAGGACAGCAGCACCUACAUCCUGAAGGUGUUGAAGGAGUCUGGGAAAGAGAUAUCUAAGUACAUCUCACUGAAGGUGUUGGAUCCAGUACCUGAACCUGUCAUAAAGAUUGAGAAGAUACAGAAAGAGAGCAACAGAUGUCAUCUGAAACUGUCAUGUGAGAUCGAAGGCCUGUCUGCAAGCUGGUAUGGGGACUCGAGACCAUUUCCAAAGGAGAUCCAUAGUAAUGUGCUUGAAAUCACCGUUAAUCCACAGAAUUACUCCAAGAGUUACACCUGCCAAGUCAGCAAUGCUGUGAGCAGCAAGAAUGACACAGUCUACUUCACUUUACCCUGUACUCUGGCCAAAUCCACUGGAGUAGCCUGGAUUGCAACGUGGCUAGUGGUCAUGGCACCCAUUGUUCCUGGCCUCCUAUGGCCCUGAGAUAAGCUCUUCUAACUCAGGAGUGAAACUUGAAGAUGGCUGGGUCUUGCCUUCAUCAGCCAGACAGGAGCUCUGGUUAUAUGGGAUGGAAGAAAGUGUGCUGUUGGGGCAUCUACAAGGAUUUUCAAAUUAACUUUUAAAAAAUUAGAGUUCAGGGGUGCUUGGGUGGCUCCGUUGGUUAAGCAUCCGACUCUUGGUUUCGGCUCAGGUCAUGAUUUUACAGUUUUGUGAGUUCAAGUCCCCUCAUCG